AAUAAACGCUCCAAAUAAAAGCAUUCCCCAAGGCGAAUGUCAGUUUAUUUGAUAUUAACUAUUUAACUCCGCCAAAUUACAAUUUCCACUCACCUGUCUGGAAUUGCUUCUACUUCACUCACUCCCUCAAUCUCCCCCCACUUUUCACUUUUCACUUCCCUCUCUGUCUCUCUCACCAUAACUCAAACCCAAACCUAACCAUUUCUAUAUUACUUAAUGCUUGCACAUUUAUAUAAUAUUAGUCCCUCAACUUCUCUUUAAUUUUUUUGCCUCUAGGGUUUGUAUAUAUCAAUUUAUUCUUGUCAGGAAUUCUUAACUUAUGCUUUUAAGAGCUGAGAAAAAUGGAAUUGGAGCAAACCUUGCCCGAUAAUCCAGCCAUGACCUUCGAUGAGGUUUCCAUGGAGCGCAGUAAAAGCUUCGUCAAAGCUUUGCAGGAGUUAAAAAACUUGAGGCCUCAACUUUAUUCUGCUGCAGAGUACUGCGAGAAGUCUUAUCUUCAUAGUGAGCAAAAACAGAUGGUGCUGGACAACCUGAAAGAUUAUGUUGUACAAGCUCUUGUUAAUGCUGUUGAUCAUCUUGGCACCGUGGCUUACAAGUUAACGGACCUUCUUGAGAAACAUACUUUAGAUGUCUCAAUGAUGGAGUUAAACAUUUCUUGUCUAAAUCAGCAACUUCUUACAUGCCAAGCAUACUCGGAUGAGGAAGGCCUUAGGCGGCAGCAGUUGUUGGCAUUCAUCCCCAGACAUCACAAACAUUAUAUAUUACCAAAUUCUGUGAACAAGAAGGUACACUUUAGUCCUCGCGUUCAGACUGCUGCAAGGCAAAAUCCACUUCAUGCUAGAUCUCAUCUCCAGCCUUCAGGUUCCCCAACUUCAACAACUCUUUCCUGGCACUUAGCCUCCGAGACCAAGUCUACAUUGAAAGGGACUUCACAAACUGUGAUGAGUGCUGAAGACACAAAAGAUUCUGGGAAAUCUUCUGCAGUUUUCCAACUAUUGGGUAAAGAGAGUACAUGGAGAAGACCAUCAGGAGUUCUUGCUCAGGUAUCAACCGCAAGUCUUGCAUCUGGUGUAAUCAUGCAAACAUUUGGUGUCACAUGCAGGGAACCACUGGAGAGUUCUAAACCAUUGACAGCAUUCAGGUCAUUUGAUAGCCCAAGGCGUGAGGUGGUACAUGCUCCUACUCGCAGUAAAAGCGUGCUAUCUGCUUUUUUUGUUAAACAGAAAACACCAAAACGGAGGGCUGGUCCUGUCUCAUGAAUGCUUAAGCCUCAAGAAGCAAAUUAUUUGUGCCCCCCUGCUUUCAUCGUUUUUACAUCCAUUGAGCUGGCAAUACAUGUCUCCAGUGCCUGUCGACAAAGCCCUCUUUCUGUGGUCACUAAAAAUUAAUUGCUCAAAAUAUAUAUCCAUCCAAAUUCUUACACCUGAUUCUAAUAAUGAGCUAUAUCAUGGAAUAAGGUGAUGCUAAUAAUUUGUUUAUAAUGCUAAUGCUAAUAAUUAUGGGUUGUUGAUAAUUCUGAAUAAUGAAGAUAUUGAUAGUUCAAGGUAACAUUGUUUCAGGUAGUUGAGACCAAUAUCACAAAAUUAUGUAUCACUCUUAAGAUCAGAUUCAGUGUUUGUCCUGAUAUGUUCCAUUCAGAGAUGUUGUAUAAGCUUUUUGAAACCAUUUGUAAUCUCUUAGCAUUAUAUCAUGUCUAUAGCGUUCAGUUUUGAUUA